AUGGAGAAUCAAACUGCAGAACAGGGAGUAGCUAUUACUGUGAUUGGUUGGAUGUGGGAAGUGAAUAAAGGAGAAAAAAAAAUCAGCCAAACUGAAAUUGAAGCUCUUUGUCUCAAUCCCCAGAUUCCUGAGAAGGAGAGUCUAAUUGACCUUGGUGUCUACUCCUGGAGAAAUGAGCUGUUGUUAGUGGGACAGAAUGACAUUCUGGUGGAGGAGGAGCCCCUGCAUUCUCUCUUCAGUCCUGUGCGCCAGGAGGUCUUUGUCACCAUCACUGACCUCAGUUACCAAGAUGUCCAUUUGCUGUUUGGCUCUGAAGAUCGAGUUGACUUGUUUAGCCUUAUCACCAAAAGUAUAAUCACUCUGCCCUCUGAAAAGACCCUUACCCAGCUGCAGCAAAUCAAACCAAGUGGGUCCUGCAAAUCAGAGUGUCUCUACAGGCAGACGUUUCAGGUAUUCUCUGAGAUGCUCCAGAGUUUGGUGGUAAAAGACCCACAUUUGGAAAAUUUUGACAUCAUUUUGAAGCACAUGGACCCAUGGUUACAAUCAAUUAAAGACCAUGAGCGGGAAAGAGCUGCAGCCAGCAUUGCUCAAGUUCUAAAGUGCUUAUGCAUGCAUCUCAACUUGAAGCUUCCACUGCGAUUCCAAAGACUUGGACACCUAAUGGCUCUAAUGGUUCUACUGUGUGGAGACCCACUGAAAGAGGUGGCUGAGGAGGCUGCAGAGGGCACGCACUAUCUGCUGCACAUCACCUUGCGGCUGAAGUAUAUCACUGAGGACAAGAAAAAUCGCCCAAUCUUGAGAGGAGCAAUGAAAAACUGUCAAGAACUCCUAGAAUUCUACAGUAUUAAACAGUUCUACACGUGUCCCUUCGAAAUUGCCAAGAUCUUCGAAGUUUUUCUCGAUUCAAAUGAGCUCUGCCAGUUUGUACUGACUAUAUUGGAUGGCCUAAAAAAUCUGGAACAUUCCUGUACCCAGCAAUUAGCCGGAGAAUUGCUGAUGUCAUUGGUAGAAAAUGUGGAGUUCCGAUUUGAGAAGGUACCAGAGAUUGUGGGAGUUAUCUGUGCCCAGCUAUCCAUGAUCAGUCAGCCUAGUGUCCGCCAACAAGUCAUAACUAUCGUGAGUUUGCUUAUCUCCAGGCCCAAGUACACAGAUAUAGUGAUCAGCUACCUUCUGUAUCAUCCCGUACCAUAUGACAGAAAUCUGGCUGAGAUGUGGAGAACCCUGAAGAUGGAGGUGCCCAGCACAACAGGGAUCCUGUCGAGGCUCCUGAGGAAGCUGCAGACAUGCCAUAAUGAGCCCACCCAGGAGAAGAUGGCCUAUGUGGCUGUUGCUGCAACAGAUGCCCUUUAUGAGGUGUUUAUGGGAAACGAGCUCCAAGAAGCUAUGUUCCAACUCUUUCCUCAGCUUCUCAUGACACUGCUCAUCCAGAUUCACCACAGCAUCGACCUCACCAUGUCUGAAGUCGCCAUCCCACCUGGCCUGUACACAGAACAAGAAAUGUCUUCAAAGGUUACUCCUUUGUGCUUUGCCAUACAGGCUACAAAGACUCUCCUCCUCAGAACAUUGUGCUUGCAGGAAUUCAACAUCAUGGAAAAGAAUGAAGGAUGGACCCUCCUGGCAGGAAAAGAUUGCCACCUUCAGGGAGUAUCUCUCCUUGCCAAUGCAUUGCUGAAAAGAAAUCACGUCCUUGCACAUAAGAUCUUGUACUUGUUAGUCCCUCUUCUUAACCGAGGGAAUGCUAAACAUAAACUCACAUCUGCAGGCUUUUUUGUGGAGCUUCUCCAGAGUCCAGUGGCUAGGAGACUGCCCAGCAUAUACUCUAUUGCCCGCUUGAAAGACUGGCUACAUCAUGGAAAUAAUAUGUUUAAAAUUCUCGCCCUGACGGGACUGUACUACAUUAUCAGACACCAGAAGAUGGUAGGAGGGGCCCCCAGACUACAGAUUCACAAGUCACGAAUAAAACAUACCCCAAAAAGACACACAAGAAACUGAUAAUAGCUGAGGCUGAAAAUUGGGUGGUCUGGGCACAUGGUGAGUGG